AUGGAACUCCCAGAGAACGUGGGACUCCCAGAGAACGGGGACUCCCAGAGAACGUGGGACUCCCAGAGUACGUGGGACUCCCAGAGAACGUGGGACUCCCAGAGAACGUGGGACUCCCAGAGAACGUGGGACUCCCAGAGAACGUGGGACUCCCAGAGAACGUGGGACUCCCAGAGAACAUGGGACUCCCAGAGCACAUGGGACUCCCAGAGCACAUGGGACUCCCAGAGAACGUGGGACUCCCAGAGAACGGGGACUCCCAGAGAACGUGGGACUCCCAGAGAACGUGGGACUCCCAGAGAACGUGGGACUCCCAGAGAACAUGGGACUCCCAGAGCACAUGGGACUCCCAGAGCACAUGGGACUCCCAGAGAACGUGGGACUCCCAGAGAACGGGGACUCCCAGAGAACGUGGGACUCCCAGAGAACGUGGGACUCCCAGAGAACGUGGGACUCCCAGAGAACGUGGGACUCCCAGAGAACGGGGACUCCCAGAGAACGUGGGACUCCCAGAGAACGUGGGACUCCCAGAGUACAUGGGACUCCCAGAGUACAUGGGACUCCCAGAGCACAUGGGACUCCCAGAGCACAUGGGACUCCCAGAGCACAUGGAACUCCCAGAGCACAUGGGACUCCCAGAGAACGUGGGACUCCCAGGGCACAUGGGACUCCCAGGGGCACGUGGUACGCAGGUGA